UGGUAGUUAUUCCGGAUUUCGGAGCGGCAGUGCUGUAGAAGAACACAAUUUCCCACUACGCUUUGCGCUAGGAUUUGCUUGCGUCAACUGUGCGACGAAAGUCUGUUGUUAAACAAAUCAUAAACGGAUACUUCAAUAUAAUUUAACCAUGGAGGAUGUGCAGCUUAAAGAAGACUGUGGUCCAACUCAACCAAGACCUACACCUCCCUCUCAAUCAAAGAGGCCAAGUCAGCCUCUGUACGUCCCCAAACAACGACUUCAUGCCUCGAAAGAGAAAGCUCAGACUCAGGGAGAAGUUAAACCAAAAACCAGGCCUCGCUACACAGACAAAGCACGAAAGAACGCCAAGAACAAGAAAGACAAAGCUGGAGGAGCGGAUAAACCAUCGCCCGGUGGGGGAGAAGGAGAUGGAGGUGAAGCACAAAACAACGACGUUACGCCAGAUGUGAAGGAGGACCGAUUACAGAGUUUAGAGGCUGAGGUUAAUGGGGAGUCUUCAGCCAAAGUGGAGGCAGGCGGUACUGCACAGCAGGAAGAGGAUAGCUGGGACACCUUGUUCAAUGAUGAUGGAGACUGUCUGGAUCCACAUCUGCUUGAAGAGCUGGCUUUGAAGGAAGGAAAAAAGAAGGAGUCAAUCCAAGAGCCUAGGUUUGAUUACUACAACAUGGACAGAGGCAGUUAUGAUGAUGAUGAUGAUGACGUUGACCUCACAGAGGAUGAACUUUCUCAUAUUGUAGAGAUCUACGAUUUCCCUACAGAGUUCAAAACAGAAGACCUUCUUAAGCUGUUUCAGUGCUACCAAAAGAGAGGAUUUGACAUUAAAUGGAUUGAUGACACACACGCCCUCGGCCUUUUCUCAAGCCCCAUAGCAGCUCGUGAAGCUCUGAGAUCCAAGAAUCCACUGAUGAAGUUGCGACCACUUUCCAAAUCUUCCUCUGCAACAAAGGCCAAAGCCCGUAGCUGCUCAGACUACCUCCUGCCUGCUAAAGAGAGACCUCAGACGAGUGCAGCACUGGCUCGGAAGCUUGUGAUCGGUGCCCUCGGUGUAAAGAGCAACCUCACAAAGGAGCAGCGUGAGGCAGAGAGGAAGAAACUCCAGGAAGCAAGAGAACAAAAGCGCCUGGCAGCCAAGCAGAGGGAAGACGCUUGGGAGGGAAAGUAACUGGACAAACCUCUAUUUUUUUUUCUUUAAAUUCCUUGAUUCAGCAGAGGCUUAAAUCAUUUCUGUUUCAUGUAAUGCUCUGGUUUUCUCAGCUGGCCGCUCCUUCGUACAGGCAUAUUUCCGAGAAAUGAUAUUUUUUUCAAACUGUUUCCUGAGAGUCUUUUACCGUUUCCUUUGUCAUGCAGUGUCUGACAUCAUAAAAUGCUACAUGAUCAGAUCACCUUCAAUUAUCUGUGAACUCACCGACUCACCUGGACUCUAUAUAUUGUAAGCACAGUCUGUAGUCAAGCACUGAAGCUAAUAGUUCAGUUAACAAGUAACGCGUUAACUGAAAUACUUAUCUGUACACAUCCUCGUGUUUGGGUUUUUAAAUGUUUUAAGAUAUAAAAAUGACGUGAUGCUUUCAGUUAAAUGUCACUGAAGUUCAGUCAUGUUGAUUCGUAAAAUUUUUAUGUGUCACAACAUUGUUGAUUUUAUCCAGUUUGAAAGUGGUGUCAUUAAAAAUUAAUGCUGCAUUGUUUGCAGUUUAAGUUUUAUGAAAGUAUUAACUUACUUUUAAGCCAUCGUGUCAGGUGGUUUCCGGUGUUUGAACUGAUACCCGGUAUUAUGUAUAAUGUUUUGCUCAAUGCAGCUGCUGUUAUGUAUGUCCAGUAAAAAAACAAACAAAAAAAAAAAACUGCUCGACUCCGUCUGUUAAAAUCUGAGCGUGUUCUUAAAGACACGAGUCUAGACAUUUCACGAUGACAAGCAAAACUGUCAUUUUCCUUAACAUUGAAGCACCUCACUAUUUUUGUGCGUCACUUAAACAAAUCUACCAAGAUUUUUAGUUCAGCUCCUGUUUUUAGCUCCAUCCAUUCUUGUUCUGUUUGUUGACAAAAUGUAAUGACAGUACGAAGAAAAACGUGUCUCUUUAUUCCUGACAUGCUUUUUUUUUUUAAAACUUUACAAAGGUAAUCACUAAAGAGAGACAGUAUUUAUUCUAACUGUCAUCAAACAGGGUUUCCCAAGAGUCAGCUUUCAUAAUUCAGCUUCCUCAGACACAUCUCUCAGGCUCAAGAGCCCUUUUUUGACAGCUGCAGGCAGACGCCUCUUCUGAGGCUUUACCCAGCAGACCACAGACCAUGUGGCACUGCGGCUCAUUCAGUUCCUCAGUGAAUAAUUACACCACUUUCAGCCAGUGUGGAGAAGGAGUUUUAAAUUUGUUCUUCAAGAGAUUUGUAUCAAAAAUCAAAUUUGCUGCUAAAUUAGGGUUUUUUUUUAUUUUUAAGGUUUUUUUUUAAAUUUUUUUUUAGCCCUCUCAGCCAGUCGAAAUGUUCACACACUAACACAACAGAUUGCUGUGUACUUAAAUGUUUAAAAUGAUUAUUCCUUAAAUUUUAGUAGUCCUGCAGAUGACUGUGAUUUAUAGUUCCCCUCCUUUUAAAUAUCCAAAUCGGCCCUGUAUUGCGCGAAGAGAGUUAGUUUUGUAACUGUUUAGCUCACUGGCUGUGGAUGAAUGAGGCACUGCCACGUGGCUCACAGUGGGCUAAUUAAAGAGCUGCAGCAUGAGAAUGAGUCUCAUUACAUAUUUGUUUCUUUUCACAUCAGUUCUUCUGAAUGUGUAUUGACACAUUUAUAUCCAUGCAGAUAAUGUGAAAGACGUUUUUGUAAAGCAGAUUUGAGGAUUCAGUAUUAGGAAGAGUUUCCUUUUACAGUAUUUACGAUGUGCUGUUUUAGAAGGUGAUAAAAAAUUUCUGAAAGCAUGUAAUAGUUUUUUCUGUAUAAUCAUGAAUACCAAGGC